GCGAUGUAUUCUCUUGCGUUUGUCCUUCCUCUGUGGAGUGUAUGUAGCCUCCUGGCUACCUCACAUGUGAUGGAUUUAGAAGAAGCUCUUAAACUUGUCGGAGAGUUUGGGCCCUACCAGAGGCGAGCGGUGGCGGUGCUGGUUCUGACGCAGGUGUACAUGGCCUGUCAGUCCAUGCUCAUCGUCCUCGUUGGGUUUUCGCCGGAGUACCGGAUCAAGGAGCAGCAGCAGCAGGACGGCGUCCUUAUAAGCCAGCGCGUCACCUUUACAGAGGACGUCGACACCAUUGUGACUGAGUGGUUCCUCAUCAAGCAGCAGGCCUAUAAGGUCAGCCUCGCCGGGUCGCUGUUCUUCGCUGGGCUUCUAAUCGGGAACGUCAUCUUUGGACCUCUCUCGGAUAAGAUUGGCCGGAAACCCGUCUACCUGACAGGUCUGUUUUUUGAGGUCAUCUUCGGUUAUGUGACCGCCUUCGCGCCCACCUAUGAGGUCUUUGCCGCUUCCCGUCUCCUGGUGGGGCUGAUGAACGGUGGCAUCGGACUCGUCUGCUUCGUCCUCACGCAGGAGUACGUGGGAAAGUCCUACUGGGCCAUGACGGGGACGUUGACCAGCAUGACGUUUGCAGUCGGCAUCGCCCUGUUUGGCGCUCUGGGCUACUUUAUCCAGCCGUGGAGGAGCCUGGCGACGGCGGCCAACUCAUCCGGCGUGCUCUUCUUCCUGCUGUCUGUCACUCUUCCAGAGUCUCCACGUUGGCUGUAUUCCCAGGGCCAGACGGAGCGAGCUGAAGAGGUCCUGCUUUAUAUGGCGCAGAGGAACGGGAACGCCGUGAACCGCCUGAUGCUGCAGCGUGUCGGUGCCUCGAAAGCCGGUGACCACAAAAACCGAGGCGCUGGCGUCCUGCAGCUCAUCAUCCACCCGGUGCUCCGCCUGCGGACCAUGGUGCUCAUGUAUGUGUGGUACGCGUGCAGCCUGGUGUAUUACGGUCUGACUCUGGGGGCCGGCGAGACGUCCGGGAGCCGUUAUGUGAAUGUGGCGAUGUACGGCCUCGUGGAGCUUCCAGCCUACCCACUCUGCAUGUACUUCAUCAACAAACACUGGGCUGGAAGGAGGAAAAGCAUCGCCGGCUUCCUGUGCCUGGCAGGCUCCGCCUGCCUCUGCACCACCUUCAUACCUGAAAACGCAGGAACUUUGCUGAGUGUGACGUCUUUGGCGCUUGUGGGAAAACUGAUGGUCAGUGCAGCGUUCAACAUCGCCUACGUCUACACAUCUGAGCUCUACCCCACAGUCAUCAGGAACGCUGGGCUGGGAGUUUGUUCCAUGUCCUGCAGAGUUGGAGGAAUCCUCGCUCCAUUUGUUCCUUCCAUGCGGGCCCUCCAUACCUCCAUGCCCUUCACCGUGUUCUGCCUGAGCGGCCUCUCAGCGGGCUGUUUGGGCCUCCUGCUGCCGGAAACCCUGAACAGACCUGCAGCAGAAACCCUGGAGGAGCUCGGCAGCCCGAACCACAGCCGAGUGCUGGAGAGCAAGCCUCUUUUAUACAAAGAUGAAAACUGGAGCUCGAACCACAAAUGAAGCCGGUGGCCUCGUCAUCAUCGCUCAAAACCGUGAACUGUCCCUUUAAUUAACUUGAAGGGCUCGCCGGGUCUCCGGGCCGCCAUUCAGCGCCGAUGGAGAGAGGAGCACCAUCGUUUCAUUUCCUGAACGCCGCCGUCAUCGUGUUUGUGGCGUAUUUGGAGGUCGAGUCUGGGAGAGGCGACCCACCGAUAUACUGAGAAUUGAAUGAGACUGACAGGAAGCUGUGUUACCUUUUAUAAAAGUCCCCAUUUCCUCCAGUUACUCCCCGGAGUUGCAGCUUUAGAUUCGCGCUGCUUCUCAGGAGGAAGUUGAAGUGUCAGCACACAGCGCCAGAGGAGGAAGAAAGCCUUCAGCCACUGCAGUUCAGAUAACUUAUUUAUCUGAUGUAACAGCAGGUGGCUGCAGGUUCUGGUCUGACUAAUUUACUGUGUGGUUUAACGGGAGGAGAAAUGCAGCUCGUCUGAAAGAAAACAAUAAGGAAGCAGUCUGAAUGUAAAAUAUGACUGAAGGUGGCGUAUUUUUAAACAGUUUUCCACUUGUUGAUUUAUUAUUAUUUAAGGCAGAGACAGGAAACGGCCUCACAGCAGUUCUUUAAAUAGUCUCGUCAGAUGCUGUUAGUUUGUGUUCCUGGAUUUUCACCUGCGCAUGAUUUCCUCCGUCCCGUCUCACACCCGCUGAUUCAUGUCUGCAGACGUGGACACUUGGACGGGUCGGCGAUCAUAUGAAUAAAUUUUCUGCUCAGACUAUUAUAAAAGCUUUUUACUUGGAUUUGGUCAUUGCAUCCCUGAGCCCUGAUGCAGACAGCCAGCAUUAAACUGCACAACUGCACUUUCAGCAUGAAGGGCAGCAAGUGAAGGACAGGUUGUUCACCUGGGACAGGUGAUGUGGGGGUUUCACACCCGAACCUCCAGCCUCACAUGCAGCUCUGCAGCCUGAGGAUCGGUCAGGAGGAAAGCUUGUAGAUAUGAUCUAUAAAUGAGGCAGAUAAUAAUGUGACCUGGUUCAAAUUCACAGAUGCAUCAGCUAAAAGUCUCAUAACUUGGUUCUUACCGGCAGUCACAGAAAGUGACUGAAUUCUGUGGUUUUAUUAUUCUAGCAUUUUAUUCCAGGUUCUUAUUCAGCCUUUUGCUCAUGAAUGGAUGUGCUGAAUAAAGUCACUGAGGCUCAUGUGCAUCAAUUAAGACCUACUGAGACCUGUGGUCAUGUGUUUGAGUACUUCCUGGAGAUUGGUGCCACCUAAGGACUGGGAGGGGCAGCAAACUAUUUUUAUUAGUGUUAGAGUAUGUAUCAGUCAGCACACAUCUUUAUUCAUACAAUCAAGCAAAGCUCUCUUUACUAAAGAGGCCGUUGCAUUCCUCAUGCCUGCCGUGCCUUCUGCUGCAGCCUUUAACCAUGAAACAGCACUUUAGAAGAUUAAUGUUCCUGAGCUGUAAAGACGUUUUAUUUGUCCUGUGAGCACUCUGUAGAUCAACUGUGUACAGAGAUGUGAUGGUCCUUAAAAUGUUAACCUUCCUCUUUAUGUUAAAGACAGUAAACACUUGCAAACUUC